AUGACGGUCGCAAGCGCUGCCUCCGCACGCACCAAGAGGCUCGUGAAGCUCACUCUCUCCCUCCUCCGCCUCGGCUUCAACUCCUCCAAAUGCAAAACGGCAGCGAAGAUGGCGGUGGCGAGAAUCAAGCUGCUUCGGAACAAGAGAGAGGUUGUGGUGAGGCAGAUGAGACGAGACAUUGCUCUCCUUCUUCAGUCUGGUCAAGAUGCCACUGCUCGUAUCAGGGUUGAGCAUGUCAUGAGAGAGCAGAAUGUUUUGGCUGCAAAUGAGUUUAUUGAGCUCUUCUGUGAACUAGUUGUUGCAAGACUCUCUAUCAUUGCAAAGCAAAGGGAAUGCCCAGCGGAUUUGAAAGAAGGAAUUGCUAGCUUGAUAUUUGCAGCGCCAAGGUGCUCUGAAAUUCCAGAACUUGUGUCUCUUAAAAAUAUCUUUGAAAAGAAAUAUGGGAAAGAUUUUGUAUCUGCAGCUGUAGAUCUUAGACCUAGCUGUGGUGUAAAUCGUCAGUUGAUCGACAAGCUUUCAGUACGAACACCUCCUGGUGAAGUAAAAUUGAAAGUGUUGAAGGAAAUAGCUAAGGAACAUCAAAUUGAUUGGGAUACCUCAGAAUCUGAGAAAGAACUUCUCAAGCCACCGGAAGAGCUAAUAGUAUGUUUUCUUUCUUGAUCUCCCUUGCUUUCUUAUGCUUUGACUCAAAUUUUCAUUGAUAAUUUGGUUCUUCUCUCCCAUCAGGAAGGGCCACGCACUUUUGUCAGCGCCAGCAGCAUACCGGUGAAGCCUUCAAUAGAUGUAUCUGUGGAAUCAUAUAAAUUAUCGGGUGGUGGAAAAACUGAUGCCAUGCAUUUUGAAGAUUCCAAGUCUGCUGCUGAAGCAGCAGCUGAAGCAGCUAAGAAAGCAAUUGCUGCUGCUGAAGUGGCUGCUUAUAUGGCUAUGAAGGACUAUAAUGAAGCCUGUCGACCAUAUUUUCCCAAUGAUAAGUUGUAUAACUCAGGUGUUAACUCUUCAACCUUCCAAUCAAAUGAUCUUGCAAAAAAUACCCAGAACAACAUAACUCAUAAAUUUACAACUGAGGAGAAAAUGAACAGGUCUCACAGCUUACCAAGGUCUGAUCAUAUGAACUGUGUGGAUACAUUGCCUACCCAAUUGUGUGGUGGAAAGGAUUACAGGAGACACAGCUACCAUCCAACUUCUGCACAUUCAGAUAUUAAGUUUGAUGAAUCAGAUUGUGAUGAAGAAAUUGAAGCAGAAGAACCACCUGUUAAUUUGCCACCUAAUCGGCUUCCACCACCUGUGCCUUCAUCCCUGGUUAAAAAGGAUGGAAGCCUUCGAAUUCAUCCCAAAUUGCCAGAUUAUGAUGAACUUGCUGCUCGAUUUGAUGCGCUAAAAUACAAAAAGUCACAACCCUGA